AUGCAGCAGCAGCAACAGCAGGAGCAGCAACGGCAGCAGCAGCAACAGCAGCAACGGCAUCUCCAACCUCCAGCACAAACCACAGCAGCAGAUGGCGCUGCUGCUGCUGCUUCUGCAGCCAUAAACAGCAGCAGCUCUGCCGCCGGCCAGCAGCUGACCAGAAGACACCAAGCUAGGCUUGCUCAGAACAGCAGCAACUGCAGCAGCAGCAACUGCAGCAGCAGCAAUUGCACUGCAGCACAGUUACACCUAGAUCUUUGUGAGAGUUCUUUUGACUCAUAUCGACAACGCAGCGGCAGCAGCGACAGCAGCAACUGCUGCUGGCAGCAGCAGCAACAGCAGCAACAGCAGCAGCAGCGAAAACGGCGAGCGACGGGCGCUGCUGCUCUGCUGCAGCGUGCUUGUCUUGUCCUGCUGCUGUUCAUAUAUAUCUGCUGCUCGCUUGCUGCCUGUGGCUUCCGUUUGCUGCUGAGGGGCUUUAGGGCUGUAGUUCGGACACGCCAGCAGCAGCAGCAGCAGCAGCAGCAGUUAGCUGCUGCAGCAACAGAAGGCACCCUAGCUCGGGGAGCUGCAGAAGCAGCAAAAGCAGCUGGCGCUGCAGCAGUUGCUGCUGCAGCGCCACCCCACUUGUUGGUUGUUUUUAGUAGCGACGAGCUGCUGCUGCUCAAAGCGGCCGAGAGGCUGCGUGCUGCUUCGGCUGCAGCAGCAGCAGAAAGCCCUAAAACAGCAGCAGCAGCUGCAGCAGCAGAUAGCAGCAUUUGCGUUAGGGAGCUGCUGCUGCCUGCUGUUGUUGCUGCCUUUGCUGCGGGGCUGAGGCACCUUUCCUUCAGUGACGCCCCGGGCAUAUCUGCACUGCAGCAGCACAAGCAGCAGCUGCUGCUGCUACUGCAGCAGCUGGGCUUCGAGACUUGGGAGCAGAUUUCAAACCAGCAGCAGCAGCAGCAGAAGCAGAAGCAGUCGCUGCAGGAGCGGUGCUGCUCCCCCCUGCAGCAGUUUCCGCUGCCGCUGCAUUCCCCUACGGCAAUUUGUGUUCGACGCCGGCAGCAGCAGCAGGAGCAACAGCAGCAGCAGCAGCAACAACAGCAGCAAGACGAUAAUGAUGUGCUUCAAGUUCGGUUUUUAUGUGGCUGCAACGGGCUGCCAGAGCUGCUUAGCCUGUACGCAGCAAAUCGUUUGCUGCCAACCAGCAGCAGCAGCAGCAACAGCAGAAGCAGCAGCACCAGCUACUGCUGCAGCAGCAUCAGCGGCUCGAGGUGCAGCAGCAGGAGCACAAAGUGCUGCUGCUGCGGCAGCGAUAGGCUGAUCAGCAGCUGCCUGUGCUGCUGCAGUGGCAGCAGCAGCAGCAGGAGCAGCAGCAGAGACUGCAGCCCGGCGCGAAGCAGAAGCGUGAGCCAAGAUGCUGCAGCAACAACCAGCAGCAGCAGAAGCAGCGAAAGCAACAGCAGCAGCAACAGAGACACUCCUCGCGAGUGGCAGCAAACUAGCACUUGCAGCAGCACAGCAUGCACGACGGCGCUGCAGGAGCUUCCUGCCGCUGCUGCUGGUGCGGAGGAGCAGCAGGACUGCAGCAGCAAGGCCCGCAGCAGCAGCAGCAGCAGCAGCAAGUACAAGCUCCCCAGCGAGGACGUGAUUAGCGCUGCUGCACUGUACAGACAGCUGUCCGCAGGGGGCAGUUUUCCCCCUCCCCGUUGUUUGCUGCGGGCGGAAGUGCCGCUGCUGCUGCUGCUGCGGAGUGCAGCAGCAGCAGCUGCAGCAGUCCUCGCUGCUGCUGCAGCCCAGGCGGCUCGGCGCGUAACAAGAGCCAUCAAGCCCACAUCUGUCCCAAACCAGCAGCAGCAGCAGCAGCACCAGCAGCAGCAGCGCACGGCGACGCUUCGCCAGCUGCUGCAGCAGCUGCUGCUGCUGCUGCAGCUGCUGCUGCCGGCCUUUCUGCGGCGGCUGCAAGAAGAGCUGUCCCCUUUCGGGUGUCUGUCUCCUUUUUCUGCAUGCAGCGUCCCCCCGCUGCUGCUGGCGGAGGCAGAGCUCUUUGGCCGCCGCGUGCAGCAGCAGCAGCAGCAGCAACAGCAGCAGCAGCAGCAGUGGCCUCAGAGGGACCCACGCCUGCUGCAGCAGCAGCUGCAGCAAACAGGGAACAUGGCAGCAGCAGUUCAAUCUGCUCUACGGGCAUUCACCGGGAGGCACCUGCGGCUCGGCCGGUGA